AUGCCGGCGGGAGCUUCGGCUCCUGGUAGGGUCACCCAAGCCGGACAGGUCGGAGGGGAGACACCAGACAAAGAGGAACCCCCUGGUCCUCCAGGUUGGGGGUUGGGCGUGGGGCUAACAACUCCACCUCGUAAAAACCAACAUGUUUCGAAAUCCAAAGUAGUAAGUGCCGAACUGCCUUCAUGUAAUUUGACCAGGAAACGUUCAAUGGAAAUGAGAUUUGGGUACUGGAAUAUACGCACUCUCUAUCAGAGUAAAAAUCUGCAACUACUGAUCGAGCAAAUGGACUCAUAUAGAUUGGACUUGUUGGCUAUACAAGAAAUUCGCUGGACUGGUAGUGGAGUCUUGGAAAAGAGAAGACACACGCUUUCUUACAGUCGUCAUAAAACAAAACAUUUAUGUGGAACUGGCUUCAUCUUAAAUAAAAGACUCAGCCAUCCGGUUAUUGAUUUUCAAGCUAUCUCCCCUAGACUAUGUCUAUUACGCUUAAAAGGAAGUUUUGCCAACUAUUCCAUCAUUAAUGUAUAUGCACCAACUGAAGAAGGAGAUGAGGAAAAAGAUAAUUUUUAUGACGAGUUAGAUCGCCUCUGA